CAUCACUUGGUAGGGCCAGUGAACAGACAUAUGAUAAUUAUAACAUGUCUUAUUUAACACUGCUUCAGCUUGUCAGUCACAAAUUAUUCCAUCCCUCAGAUACAGAAUAAAUUUAGAGUCAAGAGAGGUUUUCAGCAGAGUACCUUCGUCCAACACCAAGGGGUGAGCUGAGAAUCACCGGGAGAAGGACUUUCCGUACAAAAGAAAUUCGCAGCUGGAAGAACCAAAAAAAAAAACCAUUAAAAAGAUGCAUAUUGAAGAAAGAAGUGAUGAAGUAAUACCAGAACAAAACCUGGGAAAGUGGUUGAAUUUGAGCUUGGGUGGAGAUCCUCCAGAAGCAGUCAAAGAAUCCGAGGCACCGGCAAGACCUGCUUCAGCCAAGGUUUUCUCAUGCAACUUCUGCAUGCGGAAAUUCUAUAGCUCGCAAGCAUUGGGCGGACACCAGAAUGCUCACAAGAGGGAAAGAGGAGCAGUCAGACAUUACCACUCAAACAAAAUGAUGAGGAUGAUGUCCCUGCCAGUCCAAACAUCCAUGUUCAGAUCACUUGGUGUACAAGCCCAUUCUCUGGUGCACAAACCAGUCAGAGAUGGAACCGCCAUUGUCGCCAGAUUAAGUGAGCCUAAUACAAGAUAUGGAAUAGCAUGGCAGCCUGGUGCAUUGGAAGACGCAGCAGAUUUUAUGUGGCCUGGAAGUUUCCGGUUGGAUCCCCAACAACCAGAACUGAAACCAUCAAGUUCAACUAUGCUUGACUUGAACCUUAAACUGUAAUCAGCUUCUCAUCUGUUAUCCCUAUUCCCAGAUAGAAAUCAUAUUGUAAACUAUUUUUGUGCUUUCUCGAGAUUUUUCAGUGUUUUAAGAGUUGCUAUAUAAACUUCAAGAGCUCCAGCAUGGAAUGCCAACAGAGCUGCACUCACUAGGUGGGAGCAAGUUCAUAGUUUCUUGUAAACUUGAUGAAAAGGAAAUCCAGGUCUCUUUAUGCAUGA